GAAUCAUCUUGCUCUGCUGCAAUACUCUUUGGAAAACACAUGUACGUCAGUACGUCGUGUUUGAACGUGGCGGCGCGAUCCCAAGCAGCAGCUCACCUAAAGUUGAUAAGCAGCGUUUUCUUGUAAAAUUAAAGAAUGCAAACAAAACGACAUUUUACAUUACAACGCAGGUAGUAAAUGGCAUCCAAUCUCUCAGUGAGUUUGGUGUACAGACCGAUCAAAUACGACUUUAAUCGCGAUAUCUCAGGACUGCGAUGACCUGCAAAUUAAGUGGCCUGUUCAACAUUGGUGAGGACUUUGAUGAUGAGGACCUGCUCGGGACCGACUGGGCUGUCCGCUCAGCGCCUGGAUCAGCUGAUGUGGCAGCUGCUGUGUCCUCCUGCUCGCUGCGGGCUUCCUCUGUUUCUCACAGAGAGCCGGAGAAAAACUGCAUUCAGCAAACUACAGAGAGAUCAGCUGCUCUGUGUAACAGCUCGGCAUCGAGGGGCAGCACACACAUCGCUGCAGGACAAACUGUUGCUCAGGGUUUGAGGCGGCCCUCUUCCUCCUCCUUUUCCUCUGCUCAGACUCAUCCUCACACGCUGGAUAAAUCUCAGCCUGCUUUGACACACCACCAGAGUCCUGCCAACACGGCGGGACUGGAUGAUUUUGAUGAUUGGGAUGUUGACCUGGCAGACCUGGAUGAGUGUGACCAGCAGAUGGUGCAGUCUGCUGCUCCAGCCCAGCCUGCACCUGCGUUUAAUCCUGCACCUGCGUUUAAUCCUGCACCUGCGUUUAAUCCUGCAACUUCAGCAAAAACACUGCGACCCCCGACAAGCAGCGGACCUAAUCGGACGCAGAGAGACUUGAACGCUGCUCCCCAGGCCCCUGGCUCUUCUAGUAGUUACCUACCUACUCGGAUCUGCUCCACUCAUGUUCUCAGAACUGCAAACCCCCGCCCCUCUCCCCUGUCAGCGCCUCCUCAGAGUCCAAGUGUUUUCUCUGGCCUUACUGUGUCUUCCCCUGCCCCCAGCCCCAUUUCCAGGACACUCAACAGGCCCCAGAGACCGUGGGCAACACCAGGACCCUCCCCUCAGGGCCGUGCAAUCUUUGAGUCAUUCUCCCCAGCGCCCUGUUCCUCACUGAACUCCUCCACCCUCAGCCCUCAUCCCCUUCACACACCGGUCCUCACCAACCGCCUGGUGCAGCUGGUCUCAGCCUCCAAUAAGCUCCCUCAGAGGAGACCCCGCUCCGAGGCCCACCGGCCCAGGACCCGCCGCUUUCCGGGGCCCGCAGGGUUCCUGCCAGAGCAGCUUCAGGGUCAGAGGCUGGACGACAUCGUGGUUUCUGUCCCUCAGACUCCGGCUCACGGUGCUGUGGCCCGGUCACCAAGCCAGGGCUCCAGCUCACAGACUGAAGAAGACGAGUUCAGUGGUGGUCCCUGGGCUGCGAUGAAAGCAGAGAUGGGAUUGGACGAGAGGAACCCCUCGUGCUUCCUGCACUCCUACAGUGUGGUCAUGGUUCUCCGAAAGGCUGCGCUGAAACGGCUGGCGAAAAACAAAGUUCCCAAUAUGGCCGUGCUGCUGAAGAGCAUCAUCCACACACACGCUGAUGCCAAGGUUGUGUUUAAAGACCCGACAGGGGAGAUUCAGGGAACGGUUCAUCGGCGUCUCCUAGAAGACCGAGUGGAGGAGCUGAAGGUGGGAGCUGUACUGCUGCUCAAACAGGUGGGUGUGUUUUCCCCUUCCCAUCGUAACCAUUACCUGAACGUGACGCCCAACAAUCUGCUGAGGAUCUACGGCCCUAAUGGAGUCAGUCUGUCCUCCACUCAGCUCCCCUCGCUCCUCCUGGAGCCGAUGUCCCCCGCAGGUCCCCCCCCCACCGUCCUCCGGGAGCCCGUGUCUCGGAUGCAGCUGGUGUUUGACGAGGACGAUGAUGAGGGACAAGAAGGGGAAAAAUGCUCGGAGAGACGUGAGGAUGCGGAAACUCCAAGAGACACUAGAGCCGGCUCCAGCAGAGAGCAUGCUGGGAACACAGCAGCACAGGACUCAGGCUGGGAUGCAGAAAACAUGGAGACCAGCCAAGCUCCUCACGGGAAACUGCAUCAUGGAUCUGAAUGUCUUUGCAUCAUUCAAAGAUCUACCCAGAGUAAAAUAUUCCAGACGGAUACUAAUUACUGUUUACUGAUACACUCAGUAAAUGUUAUGAAAUUCUGAAAAAUGUAGGAUGAUUGGUUCAGUAGGAUGCAUGUUUAGCCGUAGACAAAGACAGAUGCUCACUCACGUAGAUUGCUGGCAGUGCUCAGCCAUUGGACGCUGCCUCGCUGCCAUUGGGUAGAGCGUGUGAGCUCAUAAAUGAGAAGCAAUACUGUAAAGAGCUUUGAGUAAGAUAAUGUAUAUAUAUUAACUCCAGAGCUUGUCAAAGCCAAUAUCAUUGAACAAUUAUGAAUGUAAUUAUUUCCAGAAUCCACAUGUAAACUAACAAAAUCCUUCAAAACAUUCUAUUUAAUUCUUAUUUCUUGCUAUUGAGCUUUUCAAAAAGUUUCACUGCAGUGUUUUUCCGCACAAAAAAGGAGGCACGCACCCAACUCGACCAGGUUCUGUUUAUUAAAGAAAAUGUAAUUAUUCUUAAAAAGAUGAAUCGCCUCAUUGAAAUUUAGGGAUUUUGUUCACAAACUUUAAUAUUUGUAUGAUGUCAAAAGAUGUUCAAAGCUUAAUUGGAUGCCUCAAUCGAAGAACCAAAUCGAAAAACACCAAUAUUUGGUGCAACCUUUACUAUCAACAAAUACCUGAAUAGUUAAUGCUAGAACCAAUCCCAGUGUUUCUAUCUCUGUACUCUGAUGUCCAAUAAGGGCAAACAUGCCCAAAGAAGUCUUUUUAGUUUCCUACAAGUU